GAUGGCGCGUUGGUUCAAAGGUUCUCAUAACCCAACUCCGGAAUAACCGUGCAAUAACCCCAGCGCUUGCCGUUAAGUGUAAAAUUUCACAAUGGCAGAAAAAUCACACGCGAAUCGUUGACAUUUAUCACGACCCUACUGGCCACUCAUCCACUCCCACUCAAGCUCGCUCCUAAGACUUUCCGAAAGCAUUCCGUCCGUACAAAUAGUAUCACCCACUCUAUAUUCCAUGGUUUUAUGCUCAAAAUACUUAAACAAGCAAAGCCAUGUAUAAGCUUCAUAUUUGUCAACGACCCUGUCCAAACUCAUGUGGUAUAACUUUAGUGCGAGAUAUGUCAGUAUUUAGACAAUUAUUUUGACAUAAAUGUGGACAAUCAGGGAUUUUAAAGUAAAUAAUAUUAUAAUGAUAGUUCCAAGUACUCAUUAUUGCCGAAGGUAGCAUAGUAAACAUGACUCCAAAACGAAAAACUACCAGCUCAGAGUCAACAUCUUCGACUAGCUCUGGCUCUUCGUCCAGUAGCUCUUCCAGUUCGGGAAGUGAAUCUAGUUCAUCUGAUUCUGAAAAUUCUAGUAGUUCGGCCGUUAGUCAAAAGGCUUCGGAUUCGGAUAGGAUAAAAAAGAAAGCGCCUUUAUCAGCUGCAAGGCAUGUUAAGUCAAAAAAUGAUGCAAAUCCACCACCCCUGGAAACGAAGGGAAAGGAUAAAGGCGUUUCGAAAUCUCGACCUGUUGUUUAUUCCUCCGAAUCUGAAGAGUCUCCAACGAAAGGGAAGCAGCAGCCGGCCAAACGGAAACCACCGGCAAAACCAAAAGCAACGGCCACGGUAGCUCCAGUUGUGAAACAACAGAAGCCAGUCGCUAAACAAAAUCCUACCGUAGAACAUAAAAAUACUUCGCCGACAAAGCCAGUUAAUAAAUUGAAUAAAUUUCCUGCGAGUAUAACGUCUGCUGCUAAAUCAAUAGAGAAAAAUACAAAAUCUACUUCGGAACCAGUACAAAAAAAAUUGAAAAAGAAAAGUAUUUUUAGUCCCGAAAAUAGUAGCGAAAGUGACAGUUGUGCAGCAGCAAAAUUAACAAAUGUAAAACCGACUAGUAAUUCAGUAAAUGUUCAAAAAUCUCAACCUCAACAAGCUAAAGUUAAACCAACUGAACAGAAAUCUCGACCUUCGAUCAGUAACAGACCUAGCCUAGUAACGAAACAAAUAGCGAAAUCUGAUAGUUCCGCAAGUUCUAAAAGUUCUGGUGGAUCUGGUGCAUCGGGUUCUUCUGCAUCGUCGGAUAGUAGUUCUGAUUCUGAAUCAUCGGAAAGUGUAGCGAGUCCUCAACCACAGCCAAAAAAGAAGAAACCCCAGCCUACUUCUAGACCUACAGCAAUAUCAAGUACCACAACAAAAAGAAUCGCAGCUUCGGUUGCUACUGUAAAACCACAAAAGCCAUCCAAUAAACGACAAAGUACUGUAAAAAGUGAAGAUGAAAGUGAAAAUGUAGAUACCGAUAAGGAUGUGGAUGAUAAUGUUGAAGAAGAACAAAGUAAGCCCUCGGCGAAAGGAAAGCGAAAACUUCAAACUCGAAAAGGAAAUAAAACACAGCCACAAGUAAAAACAGCUGCGACUGAUUCUGAAUCUGACACAGCUGAUACUAAACGAAAUAUUACAAAAUCGCCUAGUAAACGACCCGCACAGAAUUUAUCAUCUAAACAACUGGGAUUGAGCUUGACUCGGUCUGCUAGUGGAAGCAUUCCUACUAAAGGUCAAAGUUCCAGUAGUAGAAUGCGAUCGGUAAAGGAGAGGGAGUGCCCGCUUGCACCUGCCUGUAAUUCUCGUGGUCAUUUAUCUGGAAGAUUUGAUAUUCAUUUUACAUUAGAAGCUUGUCCAUCGUAUCACAAUACCUCGCCACAAGGAUGCAUAGAAUUUUACAAAGAACGAAAGAAACGCGAUGAUGAGCGUAAAAGAAUGAUUAUAAGUAUGGGAAAGAAAUCACCAAAAGGUGGAUAUCAAACAAACGAACAACGCAAUUAUCAGCUUAAAAUCAAAGAAAUGCGAGGAAAAUUUAAAGGGCCACUUGCGGAUGGCAACGAAUCAGAUAGUAGAGGAGAAACUCAGGGAAUCGAUAAAACUCGACAACCAACGCUUAUUGGCUUAACAUCGGAUUAUGAUCUCAAACUGUUCUUAGAAGCUCAAGCUGCUGCUAGCGAAAAAAUUGAAAAAGACCUGAAGGAACUGGAGUUCGAAGGGGAAGGAAGAAACGGUGGUAUUGGUACACGGUGUGUUGAAAUGGGAAAAUGGGAAAUGGAAGUCUGGUACCAAAGUCCAUAUCCUGAAGAAUACAGUCGUGCUCCAAAACUUUAUUUAUGCGAAUACUGCCUUAGGUAUGCAAAAAGUCGACAAGUUUUAAGGAGGCAUAGAGAAAAAUGUGUAUGGAGGCAUCCACCCGGUCACGAGGUUUAUAGAAAGGAGAAAAUAGGUGUAUGGGAAGUCGAUGGCAGAAGAUAUAAACAGUACUGUCAAAAUCUCUGUCUUUUAGCAAAAUUCUUCUUGGACCAUAAGACUCUCUAUUAUGAUGUGGAACCUUUCCUUUUCUAUGUUAUGACAAUUAAUGACUCCGAAGGCUGUCAUACCGUUGGUUAUUUUAGUAAGGAAAAAAGUUCCAAUAACAACUACAACGUUUCGUGUAUACUUACCCUACCGCCCUAUCAGCGCCAAGGUUACGGUCGACUGCUCAUUGACUUCAGCUACUUACUUACGAGGGUCGAGAAUAAAAUAGGCUCACCGGAAAAGCCCCUCUCGGACCUCGGAUUAAUCUCCUACCGCAGCUACUGGAAGGAUGUGCUGCUGCAGUAUCUCUGCAACUUUGGCGGCAAGGAGAUUUCCGUAAAGGAUAUUAGCAAAGAAAUGGCUAUCGAUUCAUCGGAUAUAGUGAGUACGCUACAAGCCCUGGGAAUGAUGAAGUAUUGGAAGGGAAAGCACAUCAUACUUAAGAAACAGGACGUGAUCGACGACUACAAGGAGAGGGUGAAGCGGCGCGGCGCCGUCUACAAGGAAAUCGAUCCGGAGUGCCUCAAGUGGAGCCCUUUCCAGCCGCCCAAGACGCCCUCUGCCUCGAGCUGAAGUCCUGGGCGCGCGCGAGCUGAGCAGCGCGUCUUCCGCCGGCUCGUCGCCGCCUCCGCCUUCGCC